GAGAAGAGGGUAUCAUGUUUUCUAUUUUCUAAAGACAGUGCUUUUUGUUAUGACUCAUGGUUGGUGUGUCUGUUCUAAAGUGCCGUGUCUGUUGUUUCAGAUUGUGUUCGUCGUCGGGGACUCCCACCUGAGGGCUGUGGUGGAUGAGGACGUCGCCAUCCCGGAGCUGCCUUUUUGUUUUUCUUUUCUCUCUGUUCCAGGUGGAGCAGCGGCUGACCUGAGGAUGGAGGUGAGGCACCUGACCAUCCCCUGGACCCCUGACCUCGUCUGUGUUUGUGCGCCAGGCAACAACCUCACAGGGAAUCGUACUAUCGGUGAGGCAGCGGUGGAUUUCGACGCGCUUCUGACGACUGUCCACAGCCGCUGGCCCAAGGUGUUUGUUCUGGACUUCCCGCCGCGCCUGAACAUCCCCCUGGACCUGCAGGAGCUGCUGCGUCAGGAGUACCACCGGGUGGCAGCACGCAUGGGUCUCCCAUACGUGGCUGUGGCGGACCACCUGUCGGUGAACCAGCUGAACCUUUGGUGCCCUGACGGCGUUCACCUCAGUGACACCGAUGGCAUGCCCAUCCUGGUGGAUCUGUUGUGUGAUGCAGCCUUCUGUCAGCUCGCACCCCCUCCACCGGAGCUUACCGCUUCUCCCCGGACGCCCCCCCGUCCCUGGACGCCACCCAGUCCGCAGGUGGCUCCCAGGGUGGUCGUGACUGGACCAGAGCCCCUGCCUCGUCGGAACCACCCCCGGGGGUGGACUGUGGUUGGACAGGAGGGAAAGGUAAUAUUUGGCUCUGAGUCACUUUCUGGUUGUGAUUUUGAAUGUGUUAAAAAAAAAACUCCAGCAUAUAACUAA